UCAUGACGCACUCCCUGAAUUUAUGUAAAUUUGAGCGUUGCCGCCCUUACCGUCAAUUGUUUACAGUACACUCCCGUCCCAUCUGUCAGCCGCCUUUUCUGCCCCCGUUUGCGCGUUUUUUCCGCGCUGGCCAGCGUCGCGACGUCGAUCGGGGCGUCGCGUGAUGUUUUUGGCCGCGUCCUCGCCACCCCCGGCCUCGUUCGCGUGGCAUUUGUCGGCGGCGGCCCUCCCGUUGCUUGCGCGGACUGUACCAAGCCGGCAAAAUUGCAAAUGGCGGGGGUCUAUAUAUAAAUAUUAUAUUUAGAAUUGUUAGCACGUUUUCGGCUUUGUGGCGGCUCCUGCGGGAAAUUGGGGCUGGUGCGAGCGCGGAGUGCGUGUUUCCGACGAAAAGAGGGGCGCAGCGGCGGCCGGGGGCGGCGAGAGCGGCGGCACAGCCUGCUUGUUUAUAUUUUAAAAUUGAAUAGUACACCCCCUGGAUCUCGGAAAGUAAAUAUUGUAGUGCGCCGGUCCGAGCUCGGACGUACGUCGCGUUUCUUACAUGCUUCUAACGUGCGUCUUCGGCGACACCGCCGAGGCGAACUCAAGUCGGUGAUUGGCCCUUACAAGCAAUAUAAUUAUUUAAGUGAACAUUUUGCAUUAAAAGUUUUUAUCGAUUUUUUACGCAUUUUUCUCAGUGCUGGCACUCGAAUUGUGUUCUUAAAGCAAGGGACUUGGACGCCUGUACAUUGAAAAAUCUAUUUUUGGAGGAAUAUACACCGCCCCCUUGCUCUAAUGAGUCUCGAGUGAACCAGCUACUGGAAUCAAUCGAAGAUGGUGACGCCUCCUCAGCAGUUCUGCGUCCGGUGGAACAGUUACCAGUCGAACCUCCAGAAUGCCUUUCCCAAACUUCUCAACUCGGAGCACUUCGUCGACGUCACGUUGGCGUGCGAGAACGAGAUGCUGAAGUGCCACAAAGUCGUCCUGUCGGCGUGCUCCACCUACUUCGAGAAGUUACUCCUUGACAAUCCUUGCCAGCACCCCAUCAUCUUCAUGAAGGACAUGAAGUUCCAAGAGAUGCAGUCCCUCGUCGAUUUCAUGUACAAAGGCGAAGUGAACGUCACCCAGGACGAUUUACCGUCGUUGCUGAAGAGCGCGGAGGCCUUGCAGAUUCGGGGGUUGUGCGGGCACGAUCAGUUGUUGAGUCAGCAGCAGCUGGGAGCUCUCAAACCACAAGCCAAGCCAGUUAUUAAUAAUUCAGUUGAUAAUAAAAACCACGACGUGAAACCGGACGUGAAAAAAGAAGAGAAAUUGGAGAGCUCAGAGAGCGGGAAUAAUCCGUCGUCGUCCGAAUGUGAUUCUAAUGACGGCGUCCAACACAAAGGUAAACUCACGUCAAUGCCGCCUACCAACCACCUAAGAAAAUUUUUCCCAGAACAUGAGAUGAAGGAAGAGGUGGGGGACAAUGACUCUUACUAUGAGGGUGAGAGCGAUUUGAUGGACACGGAGUUUCUGGAGGAGGAUGUGGCCAUCAACACUAAUGAUCUCAAUAAGACCCCGGAGUUUGCCAUCGCGAACGUGUCGUGUCAGUAUGACGGCACCCCAGGUUCGGCCACGAAUCGCCGCAUCCGCCGGUCGGACGAGGAGCUGCGAAGGGCGGCCGAGUGCAUAACGCGAGGGCAGACCUUCCAGACGGUCAGUGAUCAAUUUAAUAUACCCAUAUCGACAAUCCGUUUUUAUAUGGCAAGGAAAGGCAUUUUGCCCCGGCGCAAGCGAGGGCGGGCGUGUUCGGGCCCCACGGGGCUGCCCAUGCCCGUGCAACCCUACAACUCGCCGGGCAACACCAGCCCGGUCGGACCACCGUACCAUAUCGUCCACUACAAGUUACCAGCGCUGGGUGUUUCAAAGCUAAAGUAAGCAGCAAAGCGGAUUCUUUUAUUUGCCAUUACGCGACUUUUUAUUUCUUUUACACUAUUUAUGCGAUCUAUUUAUUUUUUACUUUUUUUAUACGGUUCAGUAUUUAGUUUUUUUAUUUUGACUGUACUUAGAGAGUAGGUAUUUUUUGCGCUGCCAAAUAUUUUUUAUUCUGCCGUUAAUUUAUUGAAAUUAAUGAUAAGGAAAAAUGGAAAAUUGUCUUCUAAGAUAUUAAGAUAUUGUCGUGGUUAGAGAAAAAAUAUUGUAGGAAGUUGUGACAUUAGGUUAAUCGGAAAUUUGGUGAAAACUAGAGUUGUACAAAAACCUUCUCAUAUUUGAUAAUGAAAACUGUACUAGUCCGAAAAGAUGAUUAUUUUGUAUAUGUGAGAUUGCCCUUCAAGUUUUUUUUAUUAUUUUUUUUUUUUUUUGUUUUAUUUAGAAUAGGGCUGCCAUUCGCGAGGAACCACGUGAUAUUUUUGUGUUAUCGUGAGAUCAUUCAUCUAUUUAUUUCUACCAUACAACGUCACCAUAAUCAAAAGUAGGCUUCCAUUGUAAUUUAAGGGAACGGAAAGAAUCUCAUUUUUUUAUUAGACUAAGAUUACCAAAGCAGUCGACUGAUCUAUAGAGUGGCAGCUUACGAGACUAAGCAAUACCAACACAACAAACACAAAUUGUUACGCUUAUUUUUGUUCGUUUCCCGACUUGUUCCCUCUUGCUGAAUUUCUGUAGAAACGCCAGUGAUACACAGAGUAAUUUUUAAGCCGAUAGCGAACCGCACUCACCUCAUUUUUAUUUAUUGUCCUCAUUUUCGUUUCAUGGAUCGUAAAAAAAAUAGGCAACAACUGAGACACCACUGUUUAGGUGCCAGAUUCUCUGAUCUUUGUAAAAAAAUAAAAAUAAACAAUCGUAUUUAUCGGGUGGGAUGUUGGCACCACUGCAUCCCACUCGAAAACAGUAAUUAUUAUCGAUAAGACUUAGUGGUAAGUGAUUUGUUAGAUUUAGACCAGUUUGUGUUGAAUUCCUUUUUGUUCUUUCACUUCGUUGAAUGUAUCCGGUCUGAUUUUUCUCUCAUUUUUUAGUUGUAGGUUCGUGUAUGAUAUGUAGCCGUUAACUUAGUUUAGGAAUUUUUCUCUGUUUUUUCUAUUCUUGUCACCUGAGUAUUGGUUCGGUUUUAAAAAUGGCGGCUUGCGCAGCCGCGAUCAAGUAUUAUCUACGUUUUGCAGCUAAAUUCCGUUCGAUUUCUUUUUCGUAGACAACCUCUCCCUGUAAAGUAUAUUAUGUGUACAAGUGCCAUCUAUAAUAUAUUUUUCUAGUUAAAUAGAACGCUUAUGUCUUGUGACUUAGACAUUGUAUACAGUAUUCUGUCGUAAAUAUACAAGUAUUAUAUACAAAAGUAAA